AUGCGCUGCUACGCUGUUGUGGAGGAUACCUCCGAGAUUGUCUUUUUCUCCUGCAAUCCCGAAUAUGAGGAGGUUAUCAAGGAAUUCAGUCGACAACAAGAUAGCCACUAUGACGGCGAGGAGAUCAAUGUGGGCAUGCUGUCCAUCUAUUUUCUGCCCUUUAUCCAAAACAGCGUGCGUCAGAUUUUCACUUCUCAGCCCCACUUCACUCCCAGCCCCUGCUCGUGUAUCCGAGCCUCAAUGCAUUUGCUUUUCCCUCUUUUCUUCACUCUGACUGUGCAGGAGCUGAUGCGUGCCGAGUCUAGCCUGGGCAUUCGUGGCUUUGAGACAGCCGAGGGACACAAUGUUGUGAUUGUCAAGGUAGUCUGCCUCGGCCUGUCCCCCGCGUACCAUUCACUGCUCGGCAAAUGCCUGCGCAUCUUUCAUGAAUGCACUCAUAUGCACAUCUGCCAGCAUGAUGAUUACCACUACAUUGGCAUGACAGACGAAAUUGAUCUUCAACUCUUGCGUCGCCAACUUGUGCUUUUGCGGCGCUUUCUUCAGCUGCAAUUUGGCUCCUUUUUGGGUAUGAUUUGUGCUGGCGAUGCUGCUGAGCGUCGAGAGAACUGGCGCCGGGUGGAUCACUUCUUGCAAACGGCUCUGAAGCUGCGCCUCACCCACCAAGCCUUCUUGGUGGAGUGCAUCGAGCCGAUCAGUGGUAUCCGCACAGCGGAUGAAUUUCGGAGCAUCUUCGAAAAGCACUUUGCCAAGAGCGACAAGGGGUGGGGUAACCACGGCGUGCUGCUGAGCGGCACCAAGCUUGUCCAACGCUACACCCGUCCUGAUGUGGAGCCCCUGCAGGGCCAGGAUCUUCUCAUGCUCAUCACCUAUGCCCAAGUCGUAUCACAACCAAUGUCCACCUCAUCUUCAAUCGGUGGUCAGGGUGAUAAGCUGCCCGAGUCAGAUGGUAUGUCACUCGAGCCCCCAAAGGGCUUGUCGGCUCAAGAGGCCUGGUCGCAAGAAGAACCCGUGUACCUCCACUGCUCCGAUGGCAGCUUUUCGCCGUUUGUCAUGGAACGAGAACCAGACUUUUGUCGACUGAAACCCCUGGCAGCGCAACGAGAAGCCCUUAUCAAGUCAGAAGUGCCGGUAGCGGGUGAUCCCCCUAACUGGCAACUGCGUUGCCCUAAUGGCCGGCUGAAAGAUUUGGAGGAAAUGGACGUGCGCUACGAUAUUAUUGUCAGGGCCCUGCAAUCUGCCAAUGCGCAAGCUGCACCAACACCUGUGGUCCAGAUCGCGGAUGCAACUGCCAUCAUUGUGCCGUCCUCUCAGAAACCAGCGGUGACGGUAUGCCUGCAGGCGCUGGAGACGAAGCAGCUCAAUUUGAUUGAGCACAAUGCCAGUCGAAUUCGCACGCAGCUGCAGCAAUCACUCGGUCAGAUUACCCAGACCAACCGAAAGCCGUCCGUGAGCGAACUCAAGACUGUGCAAAAGAUGCGCGAAGAGAUGGCCAAAGUCAUGCCCACCUAUGUAGCUUACUUGCGAAUCAAGACCAUGUACAAUGUCACAAUCACAACGUUGCGCCAGUACGCCGGUUUGGUGCACUAUUGGUAUAUCGACCGAUCGCGUAACGUGCUGCUUUGUCGCAGCCUUGAUUCUCGCAGUACCGGCCAAGAACUAGGUACGUUGCCAUGCGUUGAACGUGACGAGUCGAAGGGUUAUACGACUCUAUCCAUGACGCAAGGCUCUUUGCGCUUUACCUACUUUCUGUGGUUUGAGAGCCAAGCCGGCGCGCGGUGCGUGGCCGUGGGUUAG